CGGUGGCGCCACCUGCGGCUGCCGCUGUCAGUUGGGCGGCGGGGACCCAACAUGGCGCUGGCGGCGGCGGCGGCGGGGGCGGCGGGCUCCAGGUGGUUGCCGGGCGGAUGGAAAUGCUGAUGACGGUCCGGAGACUCGCCUCCAUCUGUACCAUGGGCGCCAAUGCCUCUGCUUUGGAGAAAGAGAUUGGUCCGGAGCAGUUUCCGGUGAACGAACAUUACUUUGGCUUGGUCAAUUUUGGCAAUACCUGCUACUGCAACUCCGUCCUACAGGCACUUUAUUUUUGUCGUCCGUUUCGGGAAAAGGUCCUGGCGUACAAGGUCCAGCCCCGCAAGAAGGAGAGCCUCCUGACAUGCCUCUCUGACCUCUUCAACAGCAUUGCCACGCAGAAGAAGAAGGUGGGGGUCAUCCCGCCCAAGAAAUUUAUCUCCCGGCUGAGGAAAGAAAAUGAAUUGUUUGACAAUUACAUGCAACAAGAUGCGCACGAGUUCCUGAACUACCUUCUGAACACCAUCGCCGACUUACUGCAAGAAGAAAAGAAGCAGGAGAAGCAGAAUGGCAAACUCCAGAACGGGAGCAUUGACAGCGACGAAGGGGAGAAGGCAGACCUCACCUGGGUCCACGAAAUCUUCCAGGGAACCCUCACCAAUGAAACCAGAUGUCUUAACUGUGAAGCUGUUAGUAGCAAAGAUGAGGACUUUCUAGACCUUUCUGUGGAUGUGGAACAAAAUACAUCAAUAACGCACUGUUUGAGGGGGUUCAGCAAUACGGAGACACUCUGCAGCGAAUAUAAAUACUACUGUGAGCAGUGCCGCAGCAAACAGGAAGCACAGAAGAGGAUGCGAGUGAAAAAGUUGCCCAUGAUUCUAGCUCUGCACUUAAAGAGGUUCAAAUACAUGGACCAAUUGCAUCGAUACACCAAACUCUCCUAUCGCGUAGUUUUUCCUCUGGAGCUUCGACUCUUCAACACUUCAGGAGAUGCUACAAAUCCCGACAGAAUGUACGACCUUGUGGCUGUAGUUGUUCAUUGUGGCAGUGGUCCCAACCGCGGACAUUAUAUCACCAUCGUUAAAAGCCAUGGGUUUUGGUUGUUGUUUGAUGACGACAUCGUAGAGAAGAUCGAUGCUCAAGCGAUUGAAGAGUUCUAUGGGUUAACAUCAGACAUUUCCAAAAACUCUGAAUCUGGAUAUAUCCUCUUCUACCAGUCCAGGGACUAAGAUGACAUGUUGAAGCAUCUUUCAAGUGCACAAAAAAGGGGAUUAAGGUUGUGCCCGGAUGGGACGUGGUAGUGAUAGUCAAAUCAAUUCCUUGUCGUUUGCAGAGGAUCACAGGAGACCAAUAGGAGGCCGACAGGGCCAUUUCUCCAAGGAAGGGUUCCACUCUGAUUUUUCUUUCUGGGCUGUUUUAUAUGUGCUAUCUUCCAAAAUCUUUGUUACCUCUACUUGAAACGGGGAUGCUCAGCUGUUCAAGAUCCACGGAAGGGUUUUCAAAGCAGCAUCACAGAAUUUGCUCUCCACUCAGUGACCAACUGAGACGUCAUCUCGGUUUCCGUUAUUGUUGUUUUUCUGUAUUUUAGCAGAAUGGGUUAGGGUCUCAAUAUUCCUUGUUGGCCGAAGAUGCUUUUUCACAUAUGAGCCACAGAAAGUUGCUGAUUGGUUUUGUGCUCCGAGCAUCAGAGCCAUAAUGAGGGUAACUCGUAUUGGAAACACCACAUUCUUUAUCUUACACGGGAAAGGAGGACAAAAAGUUUUUUCUCCAGUGUUGUGUAUUUCCAAAAAGAGCCGUCCUUAUUUCAGAUAAUGCUGUGGUAUAUAAUUUUUAUAUACUUAAUCUGGUUUUUUUUUUCUUAUUAAAUAGACGUUUGACUUAAAGUCACAAUACUGCAGAAGUCACGAAAACAAAGGAGAGUGUGGAAGUCCCUGAGGUCAUGUCUAGUAAAAAGUUACUGUAUUUCUUGGAGCUAUUACCUAAGCCAAAAGUGCCCUCUACUGAUACAAGAUCUGUUUGGUGUUCAUUUCACUGUACAGUUACAUUUUUUUUAAAGAAGCAAUUUUAUGACUGUGUGUUCAAAAUGCACACUGAGUAACACUAACUACGAGUUAACGAAGGUAAUUAAAACUAUCUUUUUAACAAUCGGGGUGCAGCUAAGAGAUAAUCACUUGGGCUAACGUACCAAUGCCUUGUGCUACACUUUUCCCAUCUCCCCAAUAAUUGUUGCCCGUUUUCUUAUCUGCUGCUGUGUCCAUUUGCAGAGAGGGGUGUUAAAUAGUCUUGUGAAGACCGAAUUUAAAUUAAUGUCCUGUCACCUUUGCUAUAAAUUAUGACCCCAAGGAUUAUUGGAGAAAAUAUGUGCAAUUGAGAAUUUUAACAUUCUUUUUGAGCUAGGUCAAAAGUUGAUCUUACCUGCUUAAAACACCGUAGCGUCCCAGCUCUGAGGCACCCGUAGGCCUGCCUAAAAUGGCUUUGCAGGUUAUUUGAAUAGAGACAUUUUGUGCAAGAUUGGGGUGGUGUUGGUGGAGUCAGUCAGUUCUGUUGUCACAUUAAACGCGUGCGCCUGUUUUGCCACAGCCCUUCUUGUACCUAGGAGGGCAGUCCUUAAGGAAGGAGACACGCUUAAUCAGGUCCCCUAAUUUAGGCCUUGGUGGAGAUGCAUUGGCCAAAACGUUGUCCAAACAGCCUGUGGAAGGUUGAGUAGAAGCCACCAUGCUGGCAAAUGCAGGCUAGCAAAAAGGCCCCAAAGUCUUCAAGGUAAUGUCUGCUACACAGUCUGGUAUAUCUUGCAGCACCUGUCACCUGACUUCCCACAUCCUCCCACCCACCCACCCCCCGCUCCUAAUGACAAUUCUGUAAGCAGCACAUUCUGCUGUUUUAAACAGGAACCUGUAUUCUGUUUUCAAAAUUAGGUGAAAGUCCAGUAAUUCACACCUCAAUGAUUUCAGAAAGAUGGGUGAUCUCCCACUUUUGAAUAUGCAAAAGGAAUCUUUUCGUCAAAGCUUGUCAGGUGUAACGAACUUGUUGGUUGACUACUUGACUAUAGUACACUACACGCGAGUUUUCUCUUGGAUAGAAAUCCUCUCAUAAAAACUCCCAGGUGGAUCCCCAACAGGAGUUUGUCAACUGUAGGCCCUGCAAAAAUAAUAAUAACAAUAAUAAUAAUCACCAAGGGUGAUCACGCUGAUACAGCAGAUACUACAGAGUAACUUAGGAGAGCGUUAAACUUGUAUUUUGUAUAUUUGGGGAUAACAUUUUUACAGAUAAAAUACAUGAUUUGAGAGAGAGAAAGAGAAUAUUGAAAGAGAUAUACUAUAGAUUAAAAGUGCACUUUUGCUACAAAUUUAUAAAGAAAUGGGCUUAAGUUGGAAGAUAAUGAUGUGAUGCUACUUCUGUAUAAUAAAUGACCCCCAACCUGUCUCCAAUAAAGAUCAUGUAGGGUGAAAUGCCA